CUGGGGGUUUCUUGCCCCAGGCUGGAUUUGGAGGAGAAGAAACUGGGCUCUGUCUGAAGGCUCUAACUGGAAAUUGAGUUUUUACAUACAAAGUUCAUCACUUUUCAUAAGGUGUAUGAGUAAAACGAGGAAAGGGACUCCUCUUUUUCUCAGUGGGAGCUACGUGAUAUGCCAGUGCAGGGCUGGCACUGUGGGUGUUCACAGUUAUCUGUCAAUGUCAUCUCGGUGUGACUCACUAGGACAGAACUAACGCAGCCCAGCUUUCUGUGGGGGCUGAGGUGCUGGGCAGAGAGGGGGUGACUCAGCCACCCCUCUGGGCCUCAGUGUCCUUGUCUGCACGGAGGGGCUCAGAUGAGCCAGACUGCCAGGUCUGUCUCCACUCCUAGGCUUUUGGAUUCUGGCUCCUCUACGGCUGACUUCUCCAGGCGCUUGGGCAGGAGACAGGUGUCUGAUGCGCUCUCUCCUUCCUUCCGGUCACAUGACAUUUCCCGGUGAGCUUCACUGUGGAGCCAACAUGAACACAUACGCGGAAUACCCCCCCAGCCGCCCGGCCCAGGAGCCCGUGGAGCCGCCCCGGCCCCAUGGAGCCCCCCUCCAGGAAGACGUCGACAUGAGCAGCGGCUCCAGCGGAAAUGAAACUGAAAACUGCCCCUCGGGGCGGGGCUUGCGGGGCGGCAAGGAGCUGGGGGUGCUGGUCCGGCCGCCUGUCGCCCCCCCGGGUCCAGAUGCCUUUGGCCUCCUGAUGGCGAAGUCUGAACACAGCACGACGACAAGCGGCUGCAGCAGCGAGCAGUCUGCCAAAGCAGACACGCACAAGGAGCUGAUAAAAACCCUGAAGGAGCUCAGGGUCCACCUCCCUGGAGACAAGAAGGCCAAAGGGAAAGCCAGCACGCUGGCGACCUUGAAGUAUGCGCUGAGGAGUGUGAAGCAGGUGAAAGCCAGUGAGGAAUACUACCAGCUGCUCUUGUCGGGCGAGAGCCAGGCCUGCGGCGCCAGCCUGCCCUGCUACACCGCGGAGGACAUCGAGGGCGCCACUUCCGAGUUCAUCGUGAAGAACGCGGGUAUGUUUGCUGCAGCGGUGUCCCUGGUCACCGGGAAAAUCCUGUACGUCUCCGACCAAGUUGCCUCCAUCUUUCACUGUAAAAGAGACGUCUUCCCCGGCGCCAGGUUCGUGGAGUUCCUGGCGCCCCACGACGUCAGCGUGUUCCACGCGUCCACCACGCCUUACAAGCUCCCGCUCUGGGGCGUCUGCAGCGGAGCAGAUGCGUUUACUCAAGACUGCAUGGAGGAGAAGUCUUUCUUCUGCCGAGUCAGUGUCGGGAAGAGCCACGAGAACGAGAUCCGUUACCACCCAUUUCGCAUGACGCCUUACCUGGUCAAGGUGCGGGACCCGCAGGGCACCGAGGGCCAGCUGUGCUGCGUGCUGCUGGCGGAGAGAAUGCACUCGGGCUACGAAGCCCCUCGAAUUCCUCCUGAAAAGAGAAUUUUUACGACCACGCAUACACCAAAUUGCUUGUUCCAGGAUGUGGACGAAAGGGCGGUCCCCCUCCUGGGCUACCUACCUCAGGACCUGAUCGAGACCCCCUUGCUCGUGCGGCUUCACCCCAGCGACCGGCCUUUGAUGCUUACCAUCCACAAAAAGAUCGUGCAGUCUGGCGGACAGCCCUUCGACUCUUCUCCCAUCCGGUUCCGCGCCCGGAACGGCGAAUACGUCACCCUGGACACCAGCUGGUCCAGCUUCAUCAACCCGUGGAGCAGAAAAAUCUCCUUCAUCAUCGGGAGACACAGAGUCAGGGUGGGCCCUUUGAACGAAGACGUGUUCUCGGCUCCGUCGUGUGUGGAAGAGAAGGGCCUCCACCCCAGCGAUCAGGAGCUCACGGAGCAGAUACACCGGCUGCUGCUACAGCCCGUCCCCCACAGCGGCUCCAGCGGCUACGGGAGCCUGGGUAGCAACGGGUCCCACGAGCCCCUCAUGAGCCAGACGUCCUCCAGCGACAGCAACGGCCACAAGCACUCCCGCCAGAGGCGGACCGAAAUUUGUAAAAAUGCUAACGGCAGGGUCAAAAGCAAAAGUCCUUAUCCUGGUGACUCUGGAGAACAAAAGGAAAAACGUGCUACAGAGACACAGAGUAGUUCCUGUGCUCAGAUGAAAGCUGUCCCCGUGGAAAAGGACAGCUCGGGCGCCAGCCUGCCCCCGGGCGGCUUCCCCGAGGAGCUGGGUGGCAAGAGCCCGCCCGCUGGCUCCUACCAGCAGAUCAGCUGCCUGGACGGCGUCAUCAGGUACCUGGAGAGCUGCAGUGAGGCCGCUACCCUCAAGAGGAAGUGUGAGUUCCCAGCGAACGUGGCGACGCAGAAGGCCGGCGAUAAGCGGAAGGCGGUGGCCGGUCUCGGGCCGCAUGGCACAGAGACGGCCUCGCCCUCCGAGGUGAACAGCCACGCGGAGGUCGGCGCGCACUUAACCUCGCUGACGCUGCCCGGCAAGGCGGAGAGCGUGGUGUCCCUCGGCAGCCAGUGCAGCUACAGCAGCACCAUCGUCCACGUGGGCGACAAGAAGCCACAGCCGGAGCUAGAGCUGGUGGAAGAUGCUGUGAGCGGGCCCGAGUCCCUGGAUGGCCGGCCCUGCGGCCUGGGCGCGGAGAAGGACCCCCUCCGGACGCUGGGCCUCACCAAGGAAGUGCUGGCCGCCCACACCCAGAAGGAGGAGCAGAGCUUCCUGCUCAAGUUCAAGGAGAUGCGGAAACUCCACGUCUUCCAGUCUCGCUGCCAUUAUUACUUACAAGAAAAAUCCAAGGGGCAGCUGAGCGAAAGAACCACCCCUGGACUAAGAAAUGCCUCUGGAAUAGACUCAUCUUGGAAAAAAAACGGGAAGAACAGAAAACUGAAGUCCAAACGGGCCAAGCCUCGAGAUUCCUCCGAGAGCACCGGGUCUAGGGGGCUGGCGCCCCACCGGCCCCCACUGGUGGGCCUGAACGCCACGGCCUGGUCGCCGUCGGACACAUCCCAGUCCAGCCGCCCCUCGACGCCCUUCCCUGACUCCAUGCCAGCUUACUCCCUGCCGGUGUUUCCAGCCCCAGGACUCAUGCCCACGCCGGGGCCGGUGGCGGCCACACCCGUGGCUCCCCAUGCCAGCUUUGCGGUGCCCACCGUGCCCAUGGACACUCAGCACCCGCCGUUCACUGUCCCCUUGGCCCCCGUCAUGGCACUGGUGUUACCCAACUAUUCCUUCCCUAUGGUGACCCCCGGCCUGCCCCAGGCCUUCUUCCCAGGCCAGCCUAACUUCCUGCCCAAGAUGAUCCCUGCCUCGCAACCUGAGCUCCCUGGUCGGACCUCACCCCCCAAACAGCCGUGCACGUGUCCUCGGGCAGAGUGUGGGCCACCGGCAUCUCGUGCAGCCACCCCAGCCUCCCUGCCGUCCGCCUCUGGGCCCACGGGCAGAGCCUCCCCUCCGCUCUUCGAAUCCCGGGGCAGCUCACCUCUGCAGCUCAACCUGCUACAGCUGGAGGAGGCCCCCGAGGGCAGCGCCGUGGCCGCAACAACGGCAGGGUCUUCGGAGACCACGGGGGCAGGGCCAGACUACAAACCUGGCACGGCCUUGGACCGGCAGCCAAAGCCUUCGCCAAUUCGCGAGGAGCCCACAGACGCGCCAAACAGCGAUGCCCUCUCCACGUCCAGCGGCCUGCUUGACCUCUUGCUGCACGAAGACCUGUGCUCGGCCACCGGGUCGGCCCUGUCUGGGAGCGGGGCCUCCGAUUCCCUGGGCUCCAGCUCGCUGGGCCGCGAUACGUCUGGCAGCGGAGCAGGCAGUAGUGACACGAGCCAUACCAGCAAGUAUUUCGGGAGCGUGGAGUCUUCGGAGAAUAAUCACAAAGCAGAAGUGAAGGCGGACGUGGAAGAAAGCAAGCACUUCAUCAGGCACGUCCUCCAGGACCCCGUCUGGCUGCUGAUGGCCAACGCAGAUGACAGCAUCAUGAUGACGUACCAGAUGCCUUCCCGGAAUUUGGAGACCGUCUUGAAGGAGGACAGGGAGAAGAUGGAGCCGCUGCUGAAGUCCCAGCCCAAGUUCACGGAGGGCCAGACGCGGGAGCUGCAGGAUGCACACCCCUGGCUGCGGGAGGGCCACCUGCCCCCCGCCCUGGACGUCACCGAGUGUGUUUACUGUGAGAACAAGGAAGAAGACAGCAUCUGCGUGCCAUAUGAGGAGGACGUUCCUACUCUGGGUCUCAGCGGAGACCCAGACACCAAGGAGGAGGGAAGUGGAGCCCCCUUGAGUCACAGAAGGGAAGAACAGACCUAAGUCUGUCCUGGCCCCGCCCCCCACCCCCGGACAGCCGUGAUCUGCGCCAGGAGGUGCUCGGGAGAGAGGAGAGGUUUUCUCACCUGUUUGUCAUGAAGUGGACAGAUAUGCUUAUGUCGCUUUUUUUGUUUUAGGGGGGAAAAAACACAUAGUUUUCUGAAGGGGUGAUUUAAAACCGGAGGGUGGGAAGGGUCUGGGAGGAAAAUACAUUUUUAUAUUUAAAACAUACCUACGGAGGUUGGGGGGCCGGCGGGCAGAUUUUCAGUAUUCUCUAACUUGGGAAAGCCUGAACCCCCUCCUUGCACGUGUCGGGGAGGUUGUCCCAGGGCUCCCGGAAGUCUGUGGACUCGAGGAGGCUUCUCGCCGGUCCCUGUGGGUGUCGGGAGGCAUCAUGCAGGCUGCGACAGACAGCAGGGAGCCUCCCCAGCUUGGUGCGGGUCAGAUCAAAUUCUGGCCUCUGGGCGCUGCUUUUUAUCUAAAUUAUCAUUUAGUCAAACUAGGUGUUUUUAAAAACAUGCCAAAUGGGGAUCACAGCCUCUGCCGAUUUUCUUUCAAAGUGUUUCGCAUUAAACGGCUUGAAACCUACUCUGGCAAACCAGCAGCUUCGGCUUCAGGUCCCGUAGCGGCAAACAUUUCAGUCUGACGUAGCUUGUGUUUGGGGCGAACGGCGUGGAGAUGCUCACUCGGGACCAAAGAGGCCCAGUGGCUUGUGUGGCCGGCUCCACCAGGCUAGCACACGCUCAGAAUCUCCUGUGUAUUUCUACCGUGUUCUUGUAUCCUUUUCAGACCGUGACCAAGAGGUAGAUAAAAUAUGUGGUUGAUUACCUCCGUGGUGACUUCCUUUUGCAGACCAGGCUUUGAUCGCCACCCAGAGGACCAUUCGUGUUGGUUGGUCCUUUGUUGGGAACCUCCCAGACGGGAGCUCUGGCAAAGAGUAGCCACUGACAUCGUGAUCUGGUGACCGCGUCUGCGUUUUCCAGGGUGCCACGAGCUCACCUCUCCCACCGCGCCCUGGGCUGGGAUGCCGGCCCUCAUUCUUUUCAUGAGCCUGACCUCACUCGGGGCAGCUUCCGGUCUCUGCAGUGAGGUCCCCCGGUGUCACCAGCACUUUCAGGGCAGCGGGACAGCCGGGGAAGAGUGAGGCCUCUCUGUCUAUCUCACCAAACCUCAUGUUGCACCAUGCACCCCCAAGAUUUGGGGGGAAAGGUCGUAUAGGUCCCUGGAGUGAACGGAAAGUUACCACAGGUGAAACAAUGAACUUAAAAUUGGACUGAGUUCGUAAAGACGGAAAAGAAAGCAGGCUUCCCCUUGUUUUCUGAUGGAGAAGGGGCUCCUGGAGUCAGCCUCCCUGUAACCUGCUUGGUUUUCAGUCUUAUGAUUGGAUAUUAAUCCCGUUUUCCAUAAACUCAAAUGCAAGAAUACUGUGUUGUUUUUUUUUUUUUUAAUUUAUAAAGUAACAUCACCUUCUCAUGCCCAGAAUGAGGUAGUAGCCUGUGCGUUUGUGUGGAAAAUAGAGGUAUCAAACCCGCCUCCCGCCUCUGAAGUCCGAUCAUCAAGGGAUUAGACGCUGGUCAAGGUUACAUGAAUGUUACGUUAACAUACAGCCGUCCAGACGUUCUCCACUGCUAUGAAUGUCUACCAUCGGCAUUGUUACCGUAUGAUUCGCGCCCAUUGAUUGUUAUUAACCGCGUAGCCUCCACACGUGCUGGAAAGUUGACAAUAGGAGCAUUUUGUGAAAUUGUUUACACGAUGCCGCGCAUCGAGAUGUGUUUCCUUUAGUGUGCGUGCUUACACAGGGGUUAUAAAACUUUCUCUCGAUUUUAAACUGAGCCUCCUUUUUAAUCUGUUCCUAAACAGACAUGUAAAUAUGCUCUCCGUGUCUGUCUCACGACUUGGUAAGCCUUGCCGGACAAGUGGUUUGUCCAUGCACCCACCAAACUUUCUCCACCCAGUGCAAUAUGUUUGUUUACUGCUCGUGUCUUUUUACGACUGUUUUGCUUUUUAGAAAAUUGGUAAAUAAAGCAAGUAUAUUUUUUAUUGUU